CGAUCCUUGCUCGACCAACGAAAAGCCCCCCUCAACUUCGAAGUGACCUUUGCGCAUCUGUUUUGUUCACGAUCGAGUCCAGAUAGGUCCGCGAGGCCUCUCCGCUGCUCCAGUUCCCUUAUCAAUCUCCAAUGUGCCUCCCACGAUCUAAGACUAUCAUCCAUGCCUGAUACGGCUGAGAGCACACGGCCAGCGGCACCCAAUCCCGUUGAGCCCACCGCUAGACAUGGUCACGAGUCCCUGAUUGCUCAACCCUCGACUUUCCUUCUUCCCCGAGGACACAGUCGAGCAAUGGCCGAGGAGUCGUUGACCCCGGUGGACAAGGACCAGCUGCAAGGCCUGAAAUCCAUCCGAGACUUCCUCAAGAAACGAACAAGUUAUGAUGUUCUCCCUCUUUCCUUCCGUCUUAUCAUCCUCAACACCGACCUGCUCGUCAAGAAAAGCCUAAACAUCCUUCUCCAAAACGGAAUUGUCUCGGCUCCAUUAUGGGAUUCACACACGUCCACAUUCGCGGGUCUUCUUACAACCUCCGAUUACAUCAACGUCGUCCAAUACUACUGGCAGAAUCCUGAUGCCCUCAGCCAGGUCGACCAGUUCCGGCUGAGCAGCCUGAGAGAAAUUGAGAAGGCUAUCAAUGUCCAACCGUUGGAGACCCUUUCGGUCCACCCGAUGCGACCUCUGUAUGAGGCCUGCCGCCAAAUGCUGAAGACUCGGGCUCGACGUAUUCCACUUGUCGACAUUGAUGAUGAGACUGGCCGAGAGAUGGUAGUUAGUGUAAUCACACAAUAUCGAAUCCUCAAGUUCAUCGCAGUCAAUGUUGAAGGGACAGAGCUUUUAAAGAAGAGUGUCUCGGAUAUAGGGCUCGGUACCUACGGCGACUUGCAGACGGCAAGCAUGGAUACGCCUGUGAUCGACGUCAUGCACAUGAUGGUUAAAUACAACAUCUCGAGCGUGCCCAUUAUUGACUCCGAUAGGCGUGUCCUGAACGUCUUCGAGGCGGUCGACGUGAUAGCGAUUAUCAAAGGGGGUGCAUAUGAAGAGCUUACUACAAGUGUCGGUGAAGCAUUACUCAAAAGAGCGGAAGAUUUCGCCGGGAUCUAUACAUGCAGUGAGGAGGAUAGAUUAAACUCGAUUUUCGACACGAUUCGAAAGUCGAGAGUCCAUCGGCUGGUGGUCAUUGACGAUGAGAAUCGCCUGAGGGGAAUAAUCUCGCUCUCGGAUAUCUUACAAUAUGUCCUCUUGUAUGGCGAGGACGACGAUUAAGCACGAAUGGGUUGGAUUAUGAUGAAUAUGAAGGGCAGGGAUGCGUUGCAUAGCGAUCAGGCGUACGGGAUGAGACUUUGGCAUUGUCGUUCGUGCAAAGUUCUUAUAUUAUAGAUCUUUCGUGCCUUUUCUUUGGUAAUACCACUGUAGUUGUUAUGAAUCAAGCACUGGGGUUCUCUUAAUUCAGCGGGGCAGGUCUCCGUUUCGGCGAUACUAGAGGCAAACCUGAUCUCCAUGUUGGGGUUUUAUUCUUCAGUUAUGGUUCUCUCUGAACUAGCUUUUCUCGACGAUGUCAUCAAGAGGAAGAACGAAUCUAAGCUUCCAGUUGUGUUAAAUUCGGAAAGCCAAAAUAUUCCUGAUUCUCGGCCAUAACAUGGCAGGGGCGUUCAAGUUGAAUGUUUAUGGGGCAUAAGGAGCAACGAAACAAAACAACAACACAAGACACCCUCUUAUCUCCAGGUCAAAUUCCCAAACUCAAUUUUCUCC